GUCUAUUUCCUGGAAUGCCGUUGAUCUUGUCAAACUGUUGACGUAGCUAGCACGUUAGCUGCCUCUUUAGCUAACCGUAAUUAUUAAAUGGUGUGGGAUUCCACUUGUUUCAACACGUUAUUUUGACAUCGUUGUGGUUAAAAUAUCCGCGCAAGCGGACAUUAGUUCGGCAGUUCUUCCAGGAUUUAACUUAACUUCAGCUUCAGAACAAUGGAGAAACCUCCUUUCAGGCAGAACCAGAACUGCGGAGACUGGGAGCUGAAGGAGAGGCUCGGGAUGGGCGGAUUUGGCCAUGUUUACCUCUACCAGCACCACGAAACCAAUGAAAAGCUAGCUGUGAAAAUGUGUCGCCUGGAGUUGACUCCAAGGAACAAGGACCGAUGGAGCAGAGAAAUCCAGAUCAUGAAGAAGUUGAAUCACAUCAACGUCGUGUCGGCCCGAGAUGUCCCGGAGGAAAUGAGGCACAUCGCCUUAAAUGAUCUUCCACUCUUGGCCAUGGAGUACUGCUCCAGGGGAGACCUGAGGAAGAUUCUCAGCAAACCUGAAAACUGCUGCGGAUUGAAGGAGAGUGAAGUCCUUUCGUUACUCAAUGAUGUUGGUUCUGGUAUCCAGUAUCUUCACGAAAACAAGAUCAUACACAGAGACCUUAAACCAGAAAACAUCGUGCUACAAGAUAUCAACGGAAAGCUGGUUCACAAAAUCAUCGACUUGGGCUAUGCUAAAGACCUGGACCAGGACAGUCUGUGCACCUCCUUCGUUGGCACGCUUCAGUACCUGGCCCCUGAGCUGUUUGAGAACCAGCCGUACACCGUCACCGUGGACUACUGGAGCUUCGGCACCAUGAUGUUUGAAUGCAUUUGUGGUUUCCGUCCGUUCCUCCACAACCUUCAGCCCGUGCAGUGGGCCACCAAAGUGAGGAAUAAAGGUCCCAGGGACAUCAUGGCUGUGGAGGAGCCGAACGGAGACGUGACGUUCUCCACACAUCUGCCCUACCCCAACAGCCUCAGCAGUACCAUGUUGGCUCCGAUCGAGAGACUGCUGCAGCUGACGUUAAACUGGGACCCCGUCUACAGGGGGGGUCCAAUCAACCAGGAAACCAAGAGACCGUCUUGCUUUGAGCAGCUGGAGCUGAUACUGAGUAUGAAGGUCGUGCACAUCCUGAACAUGACCUCGGCUCAGGUCCACUCCUUCCAGCUGGACCCGGAGGAGAGUCUGCACAGUCUGCAGAAGCGCAUCGAAGCCGAGACCAAGAUCGAGGUGGUGAACCAGGAGCUGCUGCAGGAGACGGGGGUGUCCCUGGACCCCCGGAAGCCCGCUGCGCAGUGUGUCCUGGACGGAGUGAGAGGCUGGGACAGCUACAUCGUCUACCUGUUCGAUAAGAGCAUCAACAAGUACUCCGGACCCCUCAGCGCCAGAAAGCUGCCCGAUAAAGUCAACACCAUCGUGCAAGAGGCCAAGACGGAGCUGCCCCUGGUGGUGCUGAAGAUGGUUUGGGGUGAAGCGGUGAGCUACAUCUGUGGGCUGAAGGACGACUACAGCCGGCUCUUCCAAGGACAGAGGGCCGCUAUGCUAAGUCUCCUGCGCUACAACACCAACCUGACCAGGUGUAAGAACAGCAUGUUCGGCUUCUCUCAGCAGCUGAAGGCCAAGCUGGACUUCUUCAAGAGCAGCAUCCAGUACGACCUGGAGAAGUACAGCGAUCAGAUGCACUACGGCAUAUCCUCUGAGAAGAUGCUGAAAGCCUGGCAGGAGAACGAGGAGCGAGCUGCUGCUUUCGCACAGGUGGCAGAGGUGAGCCACCUGGAUGAUGAGAUCAUGGCUCUGCACUCUGAGAUAGUGGAGCUUCAGAGGAGCCCCUACGCCCGACGCCAAGGAGACAAGAUGGAGCAGCUAGAAGAAAAGGCGAUUGAACUCUACAAGCAAAUGAAGAUGAAAUGCAAAGUACCGGAGCUGGAUGUGAGCAGUGACAGCUCUCAGAUGGUGAUGGCCAUCAUCCAGACAGUCCAGAACCAGGACAAGGUCCUCAAAGACCUGUACACACACCUGAGCAAGAUCCUGAUCAGCAAGCAGAAGAUCAUCGACCUGUUCCCACGCAUCGAGAAGACCUUGGAGAGCAUCAAGGACGCCGACAACACUGUGAUGCAGAUGCAGAUCAAGAGACAGAGAGAGUUCUGGCACCUGCUGAAGAUCGCCUGCGCUCAGAACUUGACACGCAACUCGAUAGCAGCGAGUCCCGAUUCCUCCAACCUGCCGCAGGUGUCUCAGUGGUCCCAGUCUGCUCAGCCGGUCAGCUCCCCGCACCCCCUCACCUCCCUGCCUGGACCCAACGACAGUGACGCCGCACCCCGUCUGCUGCAGGAGAACGAGCGGUACCUCUGUCAGCUGACCAGCCUGAUGCAGGAAGCCACUGGUGAACAGACCAAAAGCAUCGUGGAGCAGGACUGGAGCUGGACCAAAUACGAAACCCUCACAACCAAGUUAAAAAAGAGAAACCCAUGAGAUGUCUCGUCCCUCCGAGUAACACUAUCACUGAGGGCCCCCGAAACAACGCCACUGGAGGCGGAGCUUACGGCGUUGCUGCUCCACUCGCAUCGCCUCACCGCACCAGACAGUCUGAGGAAUUUCCUUGUUUUCAUUUUGCAGCACAACAUAGACAUAAAAGUUCAUAAUAUCUGAGGAUAUUUGUUAUUACUGUAAAUGCAAAAAAAAAGAAGCAAACUGUAGCAGCGGAUGUGGGGCUUGAGGUGGGGACACAGAAACAUGGGCGCCAGUUCUACCAUGUGACCCACGUGGAAGACACAGGAAGUGACUUGGGGGGGUCCAGCAAACAGCACUUUGAUACUCUCACGUAUCUCAUAAUCCUUUUGAAAUGUUUCACAUUACGCAGUCCGGGCUUCUGAUUCUCUUCGGGUCGGUUUAUUAAAGGCUGCGUGUCGUAGGGGGAGGAGUCUUAUCAGUGACAUCACUUUAUACAAGUUCUGCCCCAAAAGGUUCCGACUCUUUCUUGUCUCCAUGAACAUGUUUACAGGACGUCGCUUUGACUCCAGAGAGAAAGAGAGUCAGGCGGCGUCGGACCACCACAGAAGAAGAAGCAGCGCUCGGUUAAAGAGUCUAAAGAGAAAACUUCAAAUCUAAAAAUCCAAUUGAGACGUCAGAACCGAAGGUCCAGAGAACCAGAGCCGAGCUGCACUCAUCUCCUCACAGCAGCUGACGGGGAAACCAAACGUUUCUUUGGUUUUGUCUUCAGUCGCAUUUCUCACGAUCUUCUGUCAGGAAUCAAUGAAUCAGCAGAUGAUUUGAUUUAAAGCACCUUGUUCAAAGGAAGUGACCUUUAAGUCUUUGGUUAACAUCAAACAAUCUCCAUACAUUCAAAUAGUUAAAAUUAUCCAACAGUCUCAGAAAAUGUGAAACUUAAAAUUAUACCAAACCGGAAUAAAUCACAUUUUAGCUUCUUUUUUUAAAAUAAGUAAAAAGACUCAACUGGCUCUUCAUUCCUUUCAUUAAUCUUCUAUGACGUGAAGGUGGAAGUCAGCUGGUGAACCUCCUGAAGGUCAGUUGUAUUUAUGAAGUCAAAGUGCAAUGGGAAAAGUUUGUUGUUCUUUUUUUGUAUUUAAAUAACGAUCUGUGGGUUUUCUUAACAGUUAAAGUGUUUGUUUCCAUCUGAUGGUUUAACUUUAACUGCCUCUCAAUGUUUUAAUUUUUAAAUAUCACUAUGGAGAUCAAAUGUUUGCCUGGUAAUAAAAUAAAAUGACUUUGGCAUGACUCUA